AUGCCUUCACGUACAGACACUCCUCUUCAAGUAGCCAUUAUCGGCGCUGGUCUCGGUGGCUUGGCCGCAGCCGUUUCCCUACGUCGCCAGGGCCAUCAAGUGACAGUGUAUGAGCGAUAUGAUUUUGCCGGUGAAGUGGGUGCAUCGUUGAGUGCCGCGUCCAAUGGAUCUCGAUUCUUGGAAGAAUGGGGGGUGGAUGUUAGCGCAGCAAAGCCGGUAAUUCUUCGACAACUGAUCAUGCACAACUGGGCAGAUGGAGAAGUUCAAAGCACUUAUCCGCUCGGCGAUUACAAGUCCAAAUUUGGCACGGACUAUAACAACUUCCACCGAAUCGAUAUUCACAAGCAACUUCUGAAAUCUGCGUUUGAAGCACCCGGUGAGGGACCACAGUGUAUACUGAAAGUCAACCACAAGGCCACAGACGUCAACCCAGAAGAAGGCACAAUUAAAUUCGAAGAUGGUUCACAGACAACUGCUGAUAUCAUCGUCGCCGCUGACGGAAUCAGAUCUCUCACGAGGGAAAUGAUGGAAAUCACACCCAACUUCACCAUGUCCACAUCAUGCUGCUACCGCUGCAUCAUCAGCGCAGAGAAACUCCGCUCCCUGGAUUUAGAAGAUUACAUCUCCAACGAAGCCAUCGAGUACUGGGGCGGAUUCGGCAUCAACAAGAUCGUCAUGUCACCCUGUAGCAACGGCGAAGUUGUAAGCUGCUACUGCUUCUAUCCAGCCUCUGUCAACAACCUUCGCGAGGAUGGAUGGAAUAUCGGCGCCACACCCGAACAAUUGGUCGAGACAUUCCCUGACCUGGACCCCAGAAUGCGGAAGUUGAUGCUGAACGCUGAAGAUAUCAAGAUGUGGCGACUAUACAGACACGACCCUUAUCCAUACUGGGUCAAAGGCAAGGUCUGCUUACUUGGUGACGCAGCGCACCCAAUGAUGCCCGAUCAGUCUCAGGGAUCAUGCAUGGCAUUUGAAGAUGCCGGGGCACUGGGUCUAGUCUUUCACAAGAACUUCCGCAAAGAUUAUGGAGUCAGUGAGGGAUUAUCGUUAUAUGAGCAACUGCGCAAACCGCGAGCCACGCGAGUGCAGGAAGCUAGCUUCAGAGCGCGCGAGGAUCUCAGUGAGAGAAUUGGUUGGAGUUCCUCGUCUGAUCGACCUGGGAAAUUGACCAUUGAAGAGGUCUGUGGGUACAACAUGAGGGAAGACCUGGCCCAACUGGUGGAACAAGGGAAAAAGCAGUAA